AUGACCCUUCUGGUUUCGCACUCGUUUGCUCGUGCUGAAUUUCAACUUUGCCCUUCAAUUUGCGACUGCAGAGAACUUGAAAAUGGAGGACUCGAAGCUCUCUGCAUCGAUCAAGAGAUCACCGACCUUUCCGAGCUUUCCGAGAUCGCCAAUGACGUCACGGAGCUCAACCUCUCCAACAACUUCAUUUCCUCGCUGAACGGAGUCUCGCAGUUUUUCAAACUAGAGAGGCUUGUUCUCAGAAAUAAUACGAUGGAGAUCAUUUCUGAUGAUUUUCGCGACAUGCCGUUUUUGAAAGAAGUGGAUUUUAGCUUCAAUGAGCGGCUCAAAUCUGUUGGAGAUUUUGCUUUUUUCUCGCUUCCUUCGUUGGAGAGACUGUCUUUUGCCGAUUGUAGUCGGUUGCAAUGGUUUGGUCAUCGAUCGGUUUACGAUUCUUACAGUUUGAAAGAAAUAGACUUUUCGUUCACGAAAUUGCAGGCUUUGAGUCAGCAUUUGACGACUUAUUCGCCCAGUUUGAGAUCGAUUCUCUUUGACGGAGUGGAGCUAAGCUGCUCUUGCCUGAACACGUGGAUGCUGGACUCUAAGUUCGUCUUUGACAUUUCCGAAGAGACGGAGAGAUGUUUGCGGAAAGCAAGAAAAGCUGGAAACAUCUGUGGGCCGAUUCUCAUUCCUUCCGACGAUGUUGCUGUCGAAGAAGGAGAUGAGUUCGCGAUCCGAUGUCUCGCCAUGGGAGAACCGACUGUAACGGUUCGUUUACUCGACCAAGAUGAGAAUGUUGUUGGAUCAAGAGGCGAACUGCGCAUCAAAAACGCCAAAAAGCAGCACGCUGGAAAGUACACCUGUCAGGCGGCAAACCAAUACGAUCUCAUCCGGGAUUCUUUUCAAGUGCGCGUCGCUGAGCCAACACCGUUUUCUUCCGAACAUCUCGAGUUCACCCUCGACUCGAUCGACUUUAGCUACGACAGCAACAGCGAUUCCUACAGCGAUUCCUACGAAGACAUCCUCAGCGAAGAGCUCGAUCGAUCGAGCAGAUAUGGUGGGGUUUCCUACGAGUGGGAGACGAAAAGUUGCCCGGAAGGUUGUAUAUGCACAAUUAAUACCGUCAGCUCGCGGAAAAUUGUCACGUGUGCUGGCGCGCAUCUCGAUAAUGUCCCGCUUCCAAGUGACAUGAAUGUACUCAUUGCUCGUCAAAGCAACCUCGAUCUCGGAAAAAUGAACCUCUACCGAAACAUGAUUCGGAACCUCAGAAUUCAGGAAAGCGAGUACCCAUCGAUCGACAAUGAAGACUUCGACGACUUCGUCAAUCUCGAGGACUUGUCAAUCAUCGAGGCCGGGCUGACUGAAAUAUCCGAAACGGCGUUCGACGACUUGGAGAAGCUCCGCUACUUGGAUCUCUCUGGCAACGAGUUGGCCAGAAUCCCGGUCAAGGUGUUUCAAUCGCUGGAGAAUCUGGAGCUUCUGUCUCUUGCGAAUAACCCGCUACAGAUCAUCGAAUACAAAUUAUUUUCCCCGAUGGAAAAUUUAAAAACGCUGAACGUCGGAAAUUGUGAUCUAGACGAUUUUCCGGCUUCAUUAACAUCCAGCUCAUCGUUGUUAGAGUUUCUUUGGCUCGACGCCAACAAUUUAGUCGACGUCCCGGAUUUCUCCAAACUCAAGUCCAUUCGUGAAAUUCGGCUGACAAAGAACCCGAUCCAAUACUUCAAAUUCAACGACUUCCACGAUCUCCCAGAACUCAACACAAUCAUCGCCGACGAAAUGCCCUGGCUAGAGUUUGUCGAAGAAGCCGCUUUCAGAAAUCUCCCGAAACUUACCGAAGUCUCCAUUUCCGAUUCACCAACUCUUUCAUUUUUCCACCAGAACGCGUUCGAAAAUACUCCAGAGCUUCGAAUUCUUUCACUGCGAAGAACAGGCUUGAUUUCGCUGGGAAACUUGAAUCUGCCGACAAUUCAUACUUUGAACAUCGACAGCAACGAGUUCUACUGCACCUGCGCUCUGGAAUGGAUUGAAGCCCUUAAUCUCAAAACAACCGCCAAAUGCCGCGCCUCAAACCAGUACCUCGUUGAAUACUUCAAACAAGCUAAAAAUCGGGAAGAAAAGAAAUGCGAAGAACAUCUUUUCUUGUCAAAUAAGGGCCACUCUGUUCGCCAAGAAGAUGAUACAGUCAGACUUGUUUGUUACAGUACUCUUAAUUCGCCAGUUACUUUAUCUGGCGUAAAUAGCAAAAUCAAAGAAAAGAAUAUCUUCGAAUUCGACGUAUCAAAAGAAACCGUCGGAACGUAUUACUGCCGCUCAGGUGUUUCAGAAAAAGAGGAGUCGAUUAAAAUAAUCAUGGAUGGUUACCCAGAAUAUUCGGAAGAAGAAGAAACUCCUCGGGCUUUGGAAGUAAAGACGGCAAGCGCAUCUCCACUUCAAGCUGCCAUUUUGGUUCUUUUUGUAAUUUUUCUUCUGUAA